AUGGCCUUCCCCUCUCUCCAGAAGCUCGCGAUCGCCGCGCUCCUCGUCGCCGCCGCGCUCGAGGGCGCAGCCGCGAAGAUCGCGAGACGCUCCGACGGCCGCAUCCACGCGAACAUGCCCCCGCGCCCGAGCGUGCCCAUCGUCGAGAUCGAGACCGCCGCGGCGCCAGUGACCAGCAGGAACGGGACGACGCUCCCGCCGUACAGCACGACGUACUACUUCGACCAGCUCAUCGACCACAACAACCCGAGCCUCGGCACGUUCCAGCAGCGCUACUGGCACACGUACGAGUUCUACGAGACCGGCGGCCCCAUCGUGCUCUUCACCCCCGGCGAAGCGAACGCGGCUCCGUACACCGGCUACCUCACCAACCGCACCGUCAACGGCCAAAUCGCGCAGGCUCAGAGCGGCGCCGCGAUCGUGCUCGAACACCGUUUUUACGGGCUCUCGAACCCGUACCCCGACCUCUCGGUGAAGAGCCUCCAGGUGCACACGAUCCAACAGGCGAUUGACGACCUCGAGUACUUCGCCAAGAAUGCCGUCCUCCCCCAGCCAGACGGCGCGAAUGUCAAGCCCGGCCAAGCCCCCUGGGUCCUCAUCGGUGGCAGCUACUCAGGCGCGCUCACGAGCUUCGCGAUGACCAACAAGCCUGGCCUCUUCCAGGCGGGCUACGCAUCUUCUGCUGUCGUGGAGAGCAUUGUUGACUUCUACGGCUACUUCACGCCCAUCCGGGAGGGCAUGGCAAAGAACUGCUCGGCCGACGUGCAGGCGGUCAUUGCCCACAUCGACAGCGUCUUCAGCUCCAAGAACCAGAAGUCGAUCAACAGCCUCCUUGCCAUGUUCAACAUGACGCCGCUCGCGUCCCACCUCGACGACGCUGCUGGUGCCCUCCGCAACAACCUUUGGGAUUGGCAGUCUCUUUCUCCCACCGCCGGCUACGGAACUUUCUUCCAGUUCUGCGACGCGCUCGAAGUCAAGAAUGGCAAGAGCGCGAGCGCCAAGGGCUGGGGUCUCAACAACGCGCUCCAGGCUUGGAGCUCGUUCUGGGUGAAUGAGUACUACCCAAACCUCUGCGGUGACUUGGACAUCGUCUCCUGCCUCGGCUCUUACGACCCUACGCAGGAGUACUGGACCAAUACCUCGAUCGACAACGCCGGCCGGUCCUGGUUCUGGAUCGUCUGCAACGAAGUCGGCUUCUUCCAGGAAGGCGCGCCGAAGGGCACGCCCACGCUCGUCUCCCGCCUCGUCCAGCCCCCGUACGACGAGCGCCAGUGCACGUACAUGUUCCCCGACCAGUUCAAGGACCUCGGCCACCUGCCCGUGCCCGACGUCGACGCGACGAACAAGGCGUACGACGGCUGGUUCACGACCACCCAGAACCUCUUCUUUGCCAACGGCCACCGCGACCCAUGGCGGGAUGCGACCAAGUCCGCCGAGGGCACGCACUUCGAGAGCACGCCCGGCCAGCCGAUCGCGAUCUCGGACGGCUUCCACUGCUCCGACCUCUCCACCGCCAACGGCGCCGCGGACGCGACCGUGAUCGGCGUCCAGAAGGCCGGGCUCGCGUCCAUCGCGGGCUGGCUCGCCGAGUGGAAGCCCUCGUGA